CAAACUUGUCCUCCUCCAUCUUCCCGCCAUCACAGCCCUCAAUUGGACAGUUCAUUCAGCGCACUCCGGCUUGCCAUCACCAUGGCGUUAAGGCUGCUCGAUUACAAGAUUGCCCCGGCGCUUCGCGUCUUCCCGACCCUCAAGCGCUUCACUCCAGCCCUCCAACCGCGGUGGCUGAUAGGCAUCCCUCCAGGAGGUCCCCUCCCCGGGGCCAUAUCUCAUGGCUCAAUUAGCUCUGUCUAUGAUGACCUCGGUGUCAUCGCCUUCGCAGGUGCCUCUGUCAAGCAGGCCACCCGCAUAGGGACCCUCUUGGAAAAGGUUGUCUCCCUUGGCGGCGCCUCGGUGAUGCGUACCGCCACCUACCACCCGUCAGACAGAUACCAUAAGAUUGUCAAAUACAGGCUUCCUGUAGAGGAUGGGCAUAUUGACCCAAUCUUUAAAACCGAGGAGGGAUAUCUCUCCAUCGAGGGGCUACUUCGUCUUGGGAAGACGGCUGCCUUUAAAUGGGGGACGGGGGCUCUCGAGAGUUCCAAUGACCCAGAUAUCAACACCAAGACGGUCAAAUUUAGAGAGCACAAUGUUCGCAUUCAGCAAGGGCCGCUCACACAAGGAGUUGUCCAUCAAACUAUCAACGGACCAAGACGCCUUCCAGUUGAUGCCAUCCUCCACAUCGCCAUAAAGCCAGGUGUAUGCAGGGUCAGCAUGUCAAUUUUGUUCUACACGGCCAUCAAGGGACACUACCUAGGCACAACAAAGUUACACCUGGACUUCUACUCCGCGGCAAACGGUAUGCAGCCGCUGCACGCCGACUACACGUCGACAAUCUUCGAGGGAGGACCACACGAGGUCCCGGCCAGGCGUAGCGAUCGCGAUUUCCUCAACAAAUCCGUCUGGAAUCUGGAGCGUCAGGUCUGGGCUCACCGCGAACCUCGCUCACAGUCACUUGACCAGCGCCAAACGCCCAAAGGGGAGGCGGCCAACCAUGUACAAAAUUCUCGACGAGGUUCGGGGGGCUUAGAUGAUGAGAGUUAGUAGUGGUUCCCCUUGUCGAAUUCGGAGACACGUCCCUAGUUCGAUGACAACCGAACAUCGGUGUUGGAUCUGUACAAAGGCAGUUGGGCCAUGCAAAUAGCAUGUUCAAUAGCCUAUAUGACUAUGGUCGGGAUUAAAUAGCAAGCAGGCAAGCAGGCAAGCACGACGGUCAGUUUUAUAGUACCUCUGGUAGAUGUAUAUACAACCAUGUCGUUUGAUUUCGACAGACUCGGUCUAAAUCGAGGUUUAGCCAGACAGUAUAUCAGUGAGCACCAUCCGGCAUGGCCAUUUCUUGACCAAAUCAUAACAUAGAGA